AUGAAUUUUUAAGAGGUUAAUUAGUAGAAUAGCCUUAUCGUAUCUUAGUAAUAAAAGGUUUAUUAGGAUGAGCUAUCAUUUCUAAAUCUUCCUGCACUUAAUAAAAGCUUUCAUGAAAGAUCUUCAUCUUCAAGCUCAUCUUCUAAUUCCGAAGGUUUUGACAGAUCUUCUGAAAGUAAUCCAUAUGGUUCUUCCUCUUCCUCUAGUUCAAGUAGCUCAGAAGAUAUUGAAGAAGCCAUUAAAGAAAGAAUUAAGUCUUAAAAGCUAGUAAGAUUGAGGACAGGUGAAAAGUAUAUUAGAAACAUUACACAAAUUCUUUAAUACUUCCUUGAGAAAGAUAAAAUUGAUGAGCAAGUUGAAUUGAAGAAUAAACAGUAGCUACUUAAAAAGCUCAAUUUGACGAAAUUCGAUAUCAUAAUUUUUUAUUUAAUCGCUUAUCUUUAAGAAAGAGAAGAGGACAUACAAAUUCUAUUUGAUAAGCUUAAAGCUUAAAUUAUGGACACAAGAGAGAAAAAAGAUGAUAAAAAAGUCAAUUAAAUGAUUUACUUUUUGGUUGAAGAAAGUAAAAAGAAAGAUAAAAUGAUGAUUUCUAACUUUAUAAUUGAUAAUGCUUCGUAUUUUAUGAGACGUAUAAUGGAAGAUAAAAAUAUAUUUUAUGAAAUUUACCUUUAAAUAACUUAAAAUCCUAAGAUAAACUAAUCUUCUCUCUAAAGCAAGCUUUCAGUAUCGAUUAGUACAAUUCACAAAGUCUUAUAAGCUAAAAGAUAUGAACAAAUACUGUACUUAGUCAAGAAUGGUGUUAAAAUAGAACAAUCUUCAGACCAAAUUUUAUUUAAGUUGCAUGAUAAACUUACAUACGAGGGAUAUCUAAAUAAGCCACUACAAAGAGUAGACUUAAAAUUAAUAAUUUUGUUUUAUCUACAAAAACAUAAGGACCAUGAUCUAAUUAAGCAAUUACUCUUUGGUAUAUAAUUACCAGUUGAUGAAAAAGUUGAAAUUUUAUAAGCUUUGAUAAAGUAUAAAGCUAAUUCAUUGUCAAAAGACGUUUUCCGUGAGUUAGAGCAAUCAAAUCAAUAAAUUUAUAAUGAAACUCUUCUCAAAUAUUCUCUUAAUGUAUAAAAUUAUGAUUUCUUAUGGUUUUUGACCAGUUAGCAAGAAGAGCUUAUGUUAGGAUGGCUGAGUGAUGAAGAGACAUAACAAAAGCUUAUUGAUUGCUUGUAUCAUGCUGAAGGAAAAAAUUUUGAAUAUUUGAUAUAUUAUCUGAAGAGGAUACAGCUUUUUAGCCAAAGAAAAAAGAUUUAACUUCUGGCAGAAACACUUAUCCAUAGAAUGGAGUAGGGUAAGGAAGGAUAGUUCAUAUAUACAUUCUAUAAUCCCCUUAAAAUAUGUCUAUUAGUUUGCGAGCUUCUUACUUAAAUAAUUGAAAAUGUAGUUCGUGAUAAAUCAAUUUUGAUAAAAGCCCAUAGUUAUUACUACAAAUUCGCACAAAUAUUUUGUUUUUAUCAAAAUGACCAUCAGUUGCUUAUGGAACUUCUAAAAGAUAUAGAUUUAGAGAAAAGAAAAACAGCUUAUCUAAUGAACGAGAGUGUUGGUGCUAUUAUUUUAUCUACCUAAAUUGUUGACGAUGCAAUAGAAGCUAUUUAUAACGGAAAUAUUGCACCUAAAACUAAAUUACUAGAAAUGUUUUCGAUCACUUAAAAUUUGUUUUAUUAAGAAAAAUGCGAAUAUGAGAAAUAUAUUAAUCCUGCUAGCAGAGAGAAGUUUGUAAUAUUUAAUUCUUCUUACUAAAAUCACCAUUACAACUAUUAAAGAGUUGUGUGGACAUACAAUUGCAAAGUGAGAAACUAUUUAGACUAACUUUUUACGAUUAUCCUAAUGAUUAUAAUUUUUGCAAACUUUUUUAACAUAUUUAGUCCUCAGCUUGAUUUAUAGAAUUUAUAGAGUGCUCAUCUCUCUAGCUCUGAUUUUGCAGCUUAAGAAAAAUAAAUUAUUAAUAACAUUAAAUCAAUUUAUUACCAAUUUUAAAUUUGGCUAGAUAUUAUUGUUAGCGCCAACUUUAUCUUGAAACCUAUCUUCAUUUCUUUUUUUAAAAUUACUUAAAAAAUUCCUUAUGAUAUUUAUACUCAUGAAGUAUAUGGGUUCAUUUUAGGACUUCUCUCUUUGUUUUAGCUUUCAGUUAUUCCCAAUUUAGAGUAUAUUUAGGAACCUAAUAGAUAUUCUAUGUUGAUGAUCUUUCGUAUAUUAUAUAUGGGAUUUGUAUUUAUUCAAUUCAUGACAAGUCUCAAGAGCUAUAAAGUGACUGGUCCUAUGAUUACGGCUAUGUACCAAGUAGUGUAGGAAUGUAAUAAAUUUUCAUUAAUUUUUAUUAUCAUUAAUGUCGGCUUUGUGUUCACAGCUUAUUUCUCAUUUUAUGAAAAUACGAAUGGAAGAUUCGUGAGUGUAGUUUAGACUCUGCUUUACUUGAUAGAAGCGUUAUUCGCUUAAUUUCAGUUUAGUGAUUUUAUGGAACCUUCUCCUGUAUACGCAAGCAUUUUCCUUUUAAUAUUUUUGCUAGUAGGACCUGUCGUUUUCAUGUAACUUCUUGUAGCAGUCUUAACAUAUUCUUUUGAAAAAGCUUCAAGAUAGGGUAGAAUUUAAUAUAAUGUUGGAGUUAUACAUAGUGUAAAAUACCUUGAGUAUGAUUCUCAAAGCGGUUGCCUUGCCACAUUACCCUGUGUUGGAAGCUUCCUAAAUAUUUUUUACAUAGUUCCUUAUCUAUUUGUAGAUAAAACAACUCCUCUCAGAGAGUAAAGCAAUGAUAAACUAAGAACAAUUAGUAAAGCAUUAGUCAGAUUAGGAUAUUUUCCGAUUUACUUUUGUGUAAUGGCAUCUGGUGUCAUUAUAAAUUUAAUAUGCUCUCCACUUUUCUAUUUAGUAAACUUUUUAAGAAUUUAUAGAGAGAAAAGUAAAGAACAAACAAAGACUUAUAAGCUGAAGAGAUUACUGAAGUGGUUAUUUUUUGGUUAUUAUUACAUGGUAGUCUAACUUUAUAAUGACUGCAAAAUUAACCAUUAGUAUCUAAACUAUGGUAAAUAUUUAAAUGAACGUGAAGAACAAACCAUUUCAAACAGUACCUAUUCUAUAGUUGCCUCAGUUGCUAAAUCUCUUUACUUGCAGCUUUCUGAGUAUAAAACCAAAAUGGUGCUUUCUGAAUUUUUAAAUGCUAUUUUGAAAAAGAUGAAGAUUAUGGAAUAAAGAAUUCGUGAUAAAUAAAGAAGGCUAGAAUAAGAGUAGCUUGAUAAAGAUGAAAUACAAGCAAAACUUGAAGAAUAAGUCAUUAAUAAAUAAAGAAAAUUGAAUCUAUCUAAAAAAUCAAGUUCUUAACAAAAAAAACCUCAAACAACUAACACUUUUAAAAGUAUUACAAGCAGCAAAACAUCUUAAAUAAACGAUGAAGAAUAAAAUAAGAAUAAGGAAUAAAAUGUUAUUACUAAUUCUUAAAUAAACUUUGCGUUAGAAAAUAAUUUAGUAACAGAACCAGCUGAAAUUAAAGAAAGCUUAGGGAUUGUUUAAACUGAAUAAAUGAUCAAUAGAGAUUCUAAUAAUGGUUUUAAUAAAACUAAUAAAAAUGAUAACAAUUAAAGCAACAGCAGUGAUCUGAAGCUAGAAGAAGAUGUUUUAGCUGAUCAGCAAAAGACAAAUGCUUUAAUAAGCUCGAAUAAUAAAAAAAAUGAGUAAAAGAUAAAAAAAUCUUCUAGCCAUAAAAGCAACAAAAAAGUAAGAAUUAAUGAUGAUGAUUUCAAUAAAUAAGGUAAUUAGAAGAAAGAAACUAAAUUUUUAGAUGAAGAAUAUUAAGCUGAGUAAAAACCUGAAAAAAGCAAGAUAGCAAUUAAUAUUGAAGGAAAUAAGAACCAGAAUAUAUUUAAUUAAUAGUCAAUAAAUAAGUCUUUUAAAGAAAGUGAUAUUUUAAUUAAUAGUUUCGACUUAAAAAGAGCAUGCUUAUUUAGAUAUAACAAAAGUGCCCCAGGAUUUUCACUUGAGAUGUCUCUUGGCCCAAAUAAAAACAGAGAUGAAGACGAAUAGAAUACUGACAAUCCUAAAUUGCAAAUUUGGUAAUAACUAGCAUCUAAAUAAAAUAUCUUAGAGCAAUCUACACCUAUUCAAAUGACUAAAACAAAAAAGACAACAUAUCAAAUGUGGAAAGAAUUAAAAAAGGAGGAUGACUAAAAUACAUUCGGUUUAUUCACUGACGUGGAUUUGCUAUUUUAAUUCUUAGAUGCUUUUGUUAUAGAAGAGUAAAAGCCUGAAGAUGAUGAAGAUUCUCAUGACAACUAUUUUAAUAAAAAUAUCAGCAACGAAGAAAUGAUAGAUAUGAUCUAUGUCGAAAACUUAAUAAAACUCAUGCAUUACUACAGUAAAAACGAUGUUAAACUAGCUAGAUUUAGUAUUGUUUCCUAAACAGUCAAAAGACUUUUCAGUGGCACUUGGACUCAGCCAGAUCCAUAUUGGGGAAAUUACGGAGAUAAAAUAUAAAAUUGA